AUGGAGGGGGAGGCGGCGGGGGCCGGAGCCGAGGGGCCCUUCUGCCUGCAGCAAGUUACCAUUACAGAAGACUCAGAAGAUGAUUAUCAGUAUGAAGAGGUUCCAGCAGAUGAUGAUUUUAGUCUCCUAGAAGGUGAUGAAGAUCUGGUAAAGGCUUUGCAGACAGUACAGGAGCAGGCUGAAGAUGCACAAAUUAUAGCUCAGCGAUCUGUUCUGACUUCUAAGCAUUCAGUGUCUGAAAUACCUGAAGUUGUGGAUGACUUUCUUUGCAAUUUUCUGGUCAGAAUGGGGAUGGUCAGAACCCUUGACUGCUUCCAAACUGAAUGGUAUGAACUGAUGCAGAAAGGUGCAAUUGAACGUAAAGAUAUUGGAUUUGUCCCAGAUAUGUACACCUACAAUCAGCAUUUGGAGAUGGAGAACAGAAGAUUAAAGAAGGAAUUGGAAAACUAUAAACUGGCUGCCAGCAAAGCUAAGGAGGCUCUGCAAAAAAUACAGAAAGAACGUGAUUUCCAUCGAAUGCACCAUAAGCGAGUGGUCCAGGAAAAAAACAGGCUCAUUAGUGAUAUUAAAAGCCACCCUUUGACUUCCAGCAGCCUUGGCCACUACUUGUAGGGCGACCCCAACACACUCCUAAUGGAAAUUGCUGAUUUAACUCAGUCAUCCUUUAAAAUACAUUUGGCUUUUAUUGUUCAUAGGCUGAAGGCACAUUAUGCAUCAUAUGAGCCAAUGCUGAAGCAGUUGACUGAAAAAUACCAGACUAUAUUGAGACAGAAAAUGCUAACCAGCCUGGAGAGAGACAGAGCAGUUGGUCAGGUUACAGGUUUACAAGCUACGUUACAAAAUUUAGAAUCUGGGCGUGCCAGUGAGAUCCCUGUGACUAGAGCCGGUCAUAGGUGUGAAAGGGAGGAUGGAAGACAGGGUCCUACGCAGAAAGCUGUUCAAGAAAACAGGGAACAAAAAUAUCUGUAUGCUGGUGUUGCUCCAUAUGAUCCCGCCAACGAUCCAACAAAGCAGAUGGGCAAGAGGUAUUCAAAGGAUUCAGAAUUUCCCAUAGAUACUCAAGUGAACCCUUAUCUUGCUCGUGCCAAGGAAUGCACCCGGCCAUUGAAAUCUGGAGUAUACAGGCUGAGCAGCACUUUAAAAGUCCAUGAUCUAGCAGUCAGCUGUUUGGCUUUGCAUCCUCGGAAAGACAUUGUGGUAACUGCAAGUGAUGACCGCCUCUGGAAGAUGUGGGCCUUUCCUAAUGGGAACAUCAUUAUGACAGGCGAAGGCCACACUGAUUGGCUUUCUGGCUGCUGCUUCCAUCCAAGUGGCACCAAACUGGUCACUUCAAGUGGAGAUACAACAGUACGGAUAUGGGACUUCACAAAGGGUGAAUGUAUUCUGACUUUAGAAGGACACAGCCGUGCAGUCUGGGACUGCUCAUGGCACUCCUGUGGAGAUUUUGUGGCUUCUGCUUCCAUGGACAACACCAGCAAAAUAUGGGACAUUAACAGUGAGAGAUGCAGAUACACCAUGCGUGGACAUAAGGAUUCGGUCAAUAGUAUAGAGUUUCUUCCAUUCUCCAACACCAUUCUCACCAGCUCAGCAGACAAGACCCUGUCUCUCUGGGAUGCCAGAACAGGCCUCUGUGCUCAGACUUUCUAUGGUCACCUGCAUUCCUGUAAUCAUGCUACAUUCAACAUGAAGGGUGACACCAUUGUUUCCUGUGACUCCUACGGUGUGAUGAAGUUCUGGGAUGUUCGGAGGGUAACACCAAUGGUAUCUAUAGAUGCGGGCCCCCAUCCUGGCAAUCAGGUGGUCUUUGACCCAUCCGGUCACGUCGUGGCCCUGGCGAGCAACGACGGCACGGUGAAGACCCUGGCACUCAACUCGGGGCAGCUGUCCAGCUUGGUGGGCCACGAGGACGAGGUGCAGAGCGUUGUCUUUGAUCACAAGGCAGAGCACCUGCUUUCGGGGGGCUCGGAUGGAACCGUUCGACUCUGGAGUUGA